AUGACAUCCGGCUUAUUGAAGAAGUUGCCUAUCAAGGGAGUACGUGUAAUAAAGGUGUCCAGUUGUGAUAAUUUCAAGGUAAAAAAAAAGAGUCUGUCCACACCGAGUUUGUGCCGGACCUGCCAAAUUCUUUCAGGUUCGGAAAAAUAUGACUGCCUGCAUUCUAUAGUAGAUAAACUUAUCGCACCAAAUGGCAUUCGGUGUUUAAACCGGCUCCUCAACACUACUGCAUCUCUUAAUUAUAUUAAGCUCACAGCAGAACCAAGAAACCCUCUAGUCUAUCUUGAAGAAUCUGGUGCUCCAUUUAUAAUAAAGAAGAAAAGGAAAAAUGCUACGAAGCGUACCUGGACUAUUUCAAUUGUUGUACAAGUUUUUCGUGCAUUUUAUGAGGCAUACCGAAUUAUCUUCAAAAUGGCUCGAGUCAUCUUCUUUUAUGACACCGUGCUUUAUAAAAACAAGUACAAGGAACCAAUUGGCCAUGCUGAGUUUUGUAUCUCACUUUGUAAUGAUAAGAAGACUUACAAUAAUACUGGAAUAGUAAGUGAUAUAAACAUUGAAAACCAGCAUCAAGUUUGCAAUAUCGGGUCAAGUAUUUAG